UUGACAUUAUCGAAAUGUCAACUUGUUAACACGACAAAAAAAAGUUCCAUGUGAAAACUUCUGGAUUUUCUUCAAUCAAAUCAACAGAAUUAAAUAGAAUUUUAAUAGCUUUUUAUAAAAUAAAGUUAUUAAAAUAAUAAUGGGAAAAACAUCCAAGGACAAGCGUGAUAUCUAUUAUCGUCUUGCCAAAGAAGAAGGCUGGCGAGCACGUAGUGCGUUUAAAUUGUUGCACAUCGAUGAAAAGUUUCAUAUUCUCAAAGAUGUGACUAGGGCCGUUGACCUAUGUGCAGCGCCUGGCAGUUGGAGUCAGGUCCUCUCAAAACGACUCUACGAAGACCGCAAGAAUGAUGAUGUUAAAAUUAUAGCAGUAGACCUUCAGGCCAUGGCUCCAUUGCCGGGAGUGAUACAAAUCCAAGGUGAUAUAACCAAGUUAAGCACAGCCAAUUCUAUAAUUGAACAUUUCGGUGAGAAAAAGGCUCAACUGGUUAUAUGCGAUGGUGCUCCAGAUGUGACUGGGCUGCAUGACAUCGAUGAAUACAUUCAAUCGCAGCUAUUACUAGCCGCACUUAGUAUCACUACACAUGUCCUUAUGCCCGGAGGAAAUUUCGUUGCGAAAAUCUUCCGUGGAAAAGACACAAGUCUUCUCUAUUCGCAACUGCGAAUUUUUUUCGAAACUGUAUCCAUUGCCAAACCUCAUAGUUCAAGAAAUUCAAGCAUUGAAGCUUUUGUUGUGUGCCAGAAUUAUAAGUGUCCCGAAGGAUACAUUCCACAGAUGAUUAAUCCAAUGGUAGACGAUGUUAAACUUAUUGCCAGUGCCACAGAAUCUGAAGUCAACAAACAAAUCAUUCCGUUUGUUGUUUGCGGUGAUCUACGCGGAUUUGAUUCAGAUAUGUCUUAUAGCUUGAAUCUUGAUCCCGAUUCUACUUACACGUAUCGUGAAGUAAUUCAAAAGCCUAUAUCACCCGCAUAUAAGGAAAUUCUUGACAAACUUAAAUCUUGCUCCAUAAAACACUCGGCCAUAACCAUUGAUCACCAAGAAACGCCAACAGACACAGAAUCAAAAAGCUAAACUGCCAAUUGACUUGACAAAAUGAGGCUUGUUUUUACUAUUCUAUUAUUGACGAUAACAAAAUAUGUGUACAGGAACGUGCUCAAUAUUAUGCACAAUUUCUUUAUUCUCAAUCCAUUACAAAUAAUAAUUGAUAUUUCCAACUAUUUACACAACCCCUGA